AUGAAGUCUUCAGCGGCCUGUCUCGUCACCCUUCUCUUGGCUGCCACCCAGGCUGAUGCCGAGUGUGUCCCAGGACACCGGGAGACAAUCAGCCCCGGCUACGUUGUUGAGCACAAGUGUGACUUAUUCCGCGAGGGAGACGUGCACAACAACAUCGGCUCCAACAAUGAAUGUGCUAAACUCUGCGAAGCAGCCGCUCGCGCUGUCUGUUCAUAUCAUCCGCCGACCAAGAGGUGCGUCGUCGGCAAGGACAGCGGAAGGAAUAUUCCGCGGACUGGGGUUACGUACAUGGAGAAGGUCGAAGACGCCGCCGUCGAUGAUCCGUUUGCAGUGGACUGCAACGAAGAGAAAGACGCCUGUCUCCUUCGUGAAACCACGCUGAAUGACGAGCUGGCCCAAUGCAAGAGUAAUGCCGCCUCUUCGGCGGCCGCUUCCGCCACGCUCCAGGACGUGCUUGCGGCAAACUGCCCGAGCAAGCAUGCCAAGGAAACCACUGUGUCCGGAAAGCAGUACAAGAUUUGGUGCUCUCGCUACCAUGAUCCUUCUGGCGCAAAGGAGACGCAAAACGUGGACACUCUCGCGGAAUGUGUCAAUCUAUGCAGCGCCAAGACGUGGUGCACUUACGCACUCCACGGAGUCUACCAGACCAAGUGCCAGCUAUACCAGCGCAGCGUGGCCUACACCACCACACCUGGGAUUUCGAAUAAUGCCUGGCACUGCGCGGUUAAAAAGUAG